AUGGUUUCUCUAUCUUCUUCCUCCUCCACUGCCAGAUAUGCCCAGCUGAUCCUUGGGGUAAUCCUUAUUGGCUUAUCAGGAAAAAUCAUUAACGACCGGAGCUCUUUGACUUCUCUGGCAGAUGAGCUAAGGGAGCUCUAUAAUAGCACCUCAUCCGAGGUUUCAUUCUCAUUGGCUAAAAGGGACCUUAGUGAGCCGUCCCUUUACAUUGAUCCCUCGUGGAAAAAAUCUGCGGUUGUGAUUUCUUCAGCUUGUACCAGUAUCAGCUCCAAUUCCUUGAACUACGCUUUGCCAAAAUUAUUCACCAAAAAGAACACAAACUCAAACACUCAGGCCCUCUUGUGGAAAUCAUCUGUCUUCAGAACCUUGUCAACAAGUGCCUCGGAGUUUGUUUCCAAAACGGCAGUAGGUGUCUCCCUGAAGCAGGCUGGUUAUGCCUCGUCAUUGUUUGGAUCUGAGGUGAUUUCGCAAGCAUUGUGGAUUAGCAAUAUAAUCAUUCAAGUCAGUCAAUAUGGUUCUCAAUCCUGCUCCAGUGUCGAAGGCUUGAUCAGCAGCUAUAACCUGACUUCUGAUCUUUCGGAGUUUAUACUGUCUAAUUACUACAAUGAGGAUGAGUCUAAUAACUCGACAUCGUCUGACAACGAGCUUUACGAUGAAAUUGAGAAUCUUAUUUCUCAAUCAAAUUCCUCCAAUCUCUCAGGACCUCUUUCCAACUUGCUUGACUCCUACAAUUCCAAUAAUCUAACUACUUUGGAGAAACAAUCGGCUUUAUUACUUCAACUUGCAAGCAACUGCCAGCUGAAGAAAUCUUCUAUGGCUCUCUCCAUCAUCACUUUUGCAACCUAUCUUUUUAGUAGCACUUUUCUGGCCUCAAGUGCUGUGUCUUUUGUCAACCAAUACCGAAAGCAAAAAGAACAAGCUGCCAAAGCGAUCCAAACUACGCCAGAAAGGAGUGAAAACGAGGCAACGGAAGCACCAGGACCUCAAAUCCAUUUUGUUUAUAGAUCCGACUGGCUCCUACCAGAUAUUCUCAGUGAUGAGGAAUUUAUUUCGCUCUCGGCUGUAUGA